GAUAGUACUGAAAAUCACCUAUAGUCAGCGCUCGGUUUUAACGUUUCAGCAGCGAAAGGGUUAAUAAAGGAGAUAGCAAUAGAAAUAUAUAAAUGAUAUGAUUUACCUUAAUAACUCGAAGAUGCUGAAGUGUUGACGUACCAGAAAAAUUUUAAAUUCGAAUAUAACACGCCAGUGAUAAUACGCAUGUGCGAUAACGGCAUCUGUCAUACGCAUAAAAACAUCUAAACAUAACCUUCAAUUGCUGAACGUUGUUGAUGUAUGGUGUCCUUUUUCGGUUUUUGUAGCCACUUACGCGUUUAUUGUAAUUUUGUGUACGAGUGAAAACCUUUAUCGUCGAGGAUUAGACUUACUUUAUCAAGAAUGGAAGAGAUGGACGUAGGAAGCGAGGAAAAUAACGAUAAUAUAUCGUGCGAAGAUGUGGUUGACAAGGAGGACGACUCGGAAAUGAUUGAAAAUGAAGCCAAAGAAACCGUAGAUAAUGACACCGACGAUGACCAAAGCGAGAAUGACGAUGACUUAUUUGCCGAUGAAGCAGUGGUGAAAGUUUUGGAAUCCUCUCUUGCACAGAAUCCGUAUGAUUACACAAGUCAUGUAGCCAUUAUUAAUAAACUGCAAAAGAUGGGCGAAUUAGAACGAUUACGGGCUGCUAGAGAGAAUAUGAGUUCUAAAUAUCCUUUGAGUCCUGAUCUUUGGUUAUCUUGGAUGCGCGAUGAAAUUAAACUAGCCACAACUGCAGAACAGAAAGCAGAUGUAGUCAAAUUAUGCGAAAGAGCUGUCAAAGAUUAUCUUUCUGUAGAAGUCUGGUUGGAAUAUUUACAAUUUAGUAUUGGUAAUAUGGGUACCGAUAGGGAUGCAGCGAAAAAUGUUCGACAAUUAUUUGAACGAGCACUAACUGCUGUUGGAUUGCAUACUAUCAAAGGUGCGAUAAUAUGGGAGGCAUUCAGGGAGUUCGAAGCAGUUUUAUAUGCACUGAUUGAUUCUUCGAAUCAAGCUGAGAAGAAAGAACAGUUGGAACGCAUAGGCAAUUUAUUCAAGAGACAGUUAGCUUGUCCUCUUUUAGAUAUGGAAAAUACUUACGAGGAAUAUGAGGCUUGGCGUAAUGGAGAUGGUGCAGAAGUUACGUUUGAUGACAAAAUUGUGGUUGGAGGGUAUGAAAGAGCCUUAGCAAACCUUAAUGCUCGUUUACCCUAUGAAGAAAAAAUUGUUUCUUCGCAAGCUGAAAGUGAACUGCUAGAUUCAUAUAAAGCAUAUUUACUGUAUGAAAAACAAAAUGGAGAUCCAGGACGAGUAACUGUUUUAUAUGAAAGAGCAGUUACCGAUUUAAGUUUAGAAAUGUCAGUUUGGUUGGAUUAUCUUACGUAUCUGGAAAAAAAUAUCAAAAUUGAAUCUGUCUUAGAUCAGGUAUAUCACAGAGCUUCAAGAAAUGUUCCAUGGUGUGCAAAGAUUUGGCAGAAAUGGAUAAGAUCCUAUGAAAAGUGGAACAAACCAGUAAUAGAAGUUCAAACAAUAUUAGAAAAUGCUUUAACGGCUGGGUUUUCUACUUCAGAUGAUUAUCGAGAAUUGUGGAUGACAUACUUAGAAUAUUUACGAAGAAAAGUUGAUCAGUCAUCUACUGAUGAAGAGAAACAGUUAGAAAUAUUACGUAAUACAUUUAACAGAGCUUGUGAACACCUAGCAAAAUCUUUUGGUUUGGAAGGAGAUCCCAAUUGUACAAUAUUACAAUACUGGGCAAGAUCUGAAGCUAUACAUGCUAAUAACAUGGGAAAAGCUAGAUCAUUGUGGGCUGACAUUUUAUCACAAGGACAUUCUGCAACAGCUUCUUACUGGUUAGAAUAUAUUUCAUUAGAAAGGUGUUAUGGAGAUACUAAACAUUUAAGAAAACUAUACCAAAAAGCUCUGGCUUCUGUAAAAGAUUGGCCAGAAAGCAUUGUCAAUUCAUGGAUGGAUUUUGAAAGAGACGAAGGUACAUUAGAACAAAUGGAACAUUGCGAAUCCAAAACACAAGAAAAAUUAGAAAAAGUAGCUGAAGAUAGACAAAAAGUACAGCAAGUAGCUAAUCACGAACUAUCUCCAUCACAGAGUAAAAAAGCUUACAAAAGAAAACCAGAUGAUGCUGGUAAAUGGAAGAAUUUGGGAUCCUCCCCAACAAAAGUCACGAAAAUUGAAACGCAAGUAAAACCUUCAGUUGACUUUUCAAGUCAAAAGCACCUGAACCUUGAAAAGGUUGUUAGUAAUGACGAGGAACAGAAACCGAAAAUAGCUCCACCGCCCGGAUUCAAAUCGCCAGAAGAAAGUAAUAAAAUGGACGUAGACAAUAUUGAAGAAGUUGACAAUAAAGUUACUGUUUUCAUAAGUAAUUUGGAUUACACUGCAACUGAAGAAGAGGUUAGACAUGCGUUAGAACCAGCUGGAGCAAUAAAGACAUUUAGAAUGAUACGAGACUACAAAGGACGUAGCAAAGGAUUUUGCUAUGUACAAUUAAGUAGUACGGAAGCGGUUGAAAAAGCUUUGAAAUUGGACAGAACUCCUAUAAGAGAACGACCGAUGUUUGUUUCAAGAUGCGAUCCUAAUAAAGUAACAAGGACACCAGGAUUCAAAUACAGUUCCACCCUGGAGAAAAAUAAAUUGUUUGUUAAAGGUUUGCCGAUAACAACGACAAAAGAAGAGCUUGAAGAAAUUUUCAAAGCCCAUGGAAAAUUAAAAGAAGUUCGUAUAGUUACUUAUCGUAAUGGUCAUUCGAAAGGAUUGGCUUACGUUGAAUACGAAGACGAAGCUACUGCCGCAAAGGCUCUGUUGGCUACCGAUGGCAUGAAAAUCGAGGACAAGACCAUUGGCGUGGCUAUAAGCCAACCACCUGAACGGAAGAAGGUUCCAGGAACUGAAAUACCUUCGGUUAAAUCUCUAGGUGGUACCACAGUAAGCAGGACUACAUUUGGUAUGCCUAAAUUGUUGUUGUCUAUGGUGCCACGUACUGUUAAAGCUGCUACUAGUAACGGUAGUGCAAACGCAGCCACUAAUGGCAUUACACAGAAACUAAAUAAUCAAGAUUUUAGAAAUAUGUUACUGAAUAAAAAGUAAUUUACUA